AUGGAAUCGCUCCAGAGUAAGCUCGACAUCCUUCAAUAUGGAUUUCAUGCCCUCGCUAGAGACUUCAUGUCACUGGACGUAGAUGACUUCAUUCAGGUUGUCGAUCAACUGAUGCAAGACUUGAAGGAUGACCGAAAGACUGUCAGAGAGUAUGUAAAAGUUCUUCAACUAACGAACUUCGACGCGAAGCUCGCACACUCCAAGAUCAAUCGUGAUCUGGAGUUUAAAUAUCCUCGGAGGUCAACCAAAGACUUUGAGCAUCGUUUCAAGAUGCUGGAGCUCUACAGUCAGGCUUUUGCUGAUACCAUGGUUGAGGCUGGAGCUAGUAUGAGCGCCUACCCCCCCCCCCUAACAGAGAUUGUUACAAUGUUCGAGAGCGUUGUGCAAGACUAUCUCAAGCAUCGUCAUCGUCGUAUUUCUCUGCAGCUGGACCCGCAGGCGCUGAGAUAUGUAUCUCGUCCAUUCUCACAGGAGUUCCUUACCAGUUGUCUUCGUGCGUACCGCCAAAGGUUCAUCCCUCGCGGGAGGAUAUUCCUCAAGGCCGAGGAACAGUAUGACGAGGGCAAUGUCCGUACUCCCCAUCCUUGUCUUGUGAAGUGUAAGAUUGACUUCUUGGAUCGUGAGGAGGGUGUUUUGCAUUGGAGUAUUGGAGGCAUUCUUGCUUGGAGAUUCCACGGGGAGGACUCGUGGAUGGAUCGCCAUGGCCAUGUCAUUGUUGACGAUGAGUAG